AUGGCGUCGGCUUCCUCCGCGCUUCCGCGCCGCAUAAUCAAGGAGACCCAGCGCCUCCUGAGCGAGCCCGCGCCCGGGAUCAGCGCGCAGCCGCAGGAGGACAACCUGAGGCACUUCAGCGUCAUGAUCCGCGGCCCGCGAGACUCCCCGUACGAGGGCGGCGUCUUCGAGCUCGAGCUGUUCCUCCCGGAGGAGUACCCGAUGGCCGCGCCGAAGGUGCGGUUCCUGACGAAGAUCUACCACCCGAACAUAGACAACCUGGGGCGGAUCUGUCUGGACAUCCUGAAGGAUAAGUGGUCGCCCGCGUUGCAGAUACGAACGGUGUUGUUGUCCAUUCAAGCGCUGCUGAGCGCGCCGAACCCGGACGACCCGCUCUCGGAGAAGGUCGCGAACGCGUGGAAGGUGGACGAGGUCACCGCGCUGAAGACGGCGAAGGAGUGGACGCAGAAGUUUGCGAUGAAGGGGAACUGACUGAUGAUGAGAUGAGGGGCAUAGACGCAUAGCACACGCAACCCGACGAUCUAUAACUAUCGCGAUGACGAC